AUGUCGGCGGGCAAUCUCUCCGAUAUUGAGGAAGAAGAGGAGAUUGAGUUUUGCGGCCCUGAAGAUGAUCCAGAUGACUACGAUGAUAUUCUGAAUAGCGUGGAGGGCAACGCUAUACUGAUCGAGCCAGGAGCAAAUUUCAAAUAUUCGAUGCCAGAGGACGAGUAUGCGGAUCACCCAAUGAAAAGAUACACAUUAGAAGAAAUGGAGGAAUUGUUUGAGAAGUUCAACGAUGUUCUUAUUGUUUAA